ACCGUAGAUCUUUGUUCUUCUUCCGGACGAAGAGAACAGGGGCACCGUAGGGCGAACAACUAGGGCGAAUCCAGCCCUUGUCGAGAAGGUCAUCGAGUUGUGCGCGAAGCACCUCGAGUUCCUCUUCGCUCAUGCGGUAGAUACAUCCACGCGGAGGGACGRCGCMAGCCUCGAGAGUGAUCCCGUGACGUAUGGGCCGAUCCGGGACCGUUCCGGUGGGAGCCUUGAAGACGUCUCUAUACUCGUCCAAGAGGCGCGUCGGUUUCGGCGUACCUUUGGGUGGCGUACUCGCGGCCAAUCUUCGCAAGAUAGGAGCGGAGAUCGACAACCGCUACCCCCUUCAAGGGUCAGAGUAUUCAGGACCACAUGAUCUUCUUCGUCUCUUUGCACAUGGCACCUGGGCAGAUUACAAGGCAAAUGCGGCGGUGUUGCCUCCUCUACAGCCGCCUCAGAUUCUGAAGCUAAAGCAACUGACGGUGAUGUCCUUAGCGGAGGCUGCCAAGGUUUUGCCAUAUGAUUUGCUAAUGGACCAAUUGGAUGUGUCAAAUGUGCGGGAGUUGGAGGACCUGUUGAUCAAUGAAUGCAUGUACACGGGAAUAGUACAAGGAAAGCUGGAUCAACGGCAGAGAUGUUUCGAGGUUCAUUUUGCAGCGGGAAGGGAUUUGCGACCAGGUCAACUGGACAGUAUGAUCCAGGCGCUUUCUGGAUGGCUCCAGACGUCCGAAACUCUACUGUUGAUGAUCCAAGAGAAGAUUAAAUGGGCCGACAACAUGAGCGAAGUGUACAAGCGCCACAAGACAGAGGUCGAAGCAAAGGCCGAGGAAGUUCGGAUCAACAUUAGGGUUCUCCUGACGGAUUACCUAAGGUGCCUACCUGCAGAGGUAAGGACCAAACUGGUUGAUGAGGCCUAUGUCGAACAGCACACCUUCGCUUCUUUUAGUAAGAAAGCUCUGGACAUAGAGGCAAAGCUGGGGUCUGCGCAUAAGGCAUCUCAUGAUGGUAGGAAGAGACUACCCCAAGACUGGAAGAAGAAGGGUCAGUUAAUGUUCGUUGACCACGAUGGUCAAACGACUGAGAUUGACGAUUUCCCAGACCUUGGGGAGUUGACAAAGCAGGAUGGGGAUAGUGAGACUUCAGAUGGUGGAGUCGUGGCACCCAUCAAAGAAAAGGCUAGGGGGACCGGGAAGAAGAAGGACUUGCCGCGGCAAGAAGGUCACGACGGUGGUGGGCUUAUCUUCAAAUCCUGGGAGUGCUUCUGCGAGCAGCUCACAGGGAAACACCUCGGGCUAGUAGGAGUGUUAGCCGCUCUUACUCGUGCUGAAGUGUUAAGGUUGCCUUCCCCACUUCAGGCGUUGGCCAAGGCUAGUGACCCACACAUCGCCCCGCAGACACAUUCAGACCCACCGACGCUCUGUUCGCAAGAUGUGUCUGAGGCCCUAGAAGAGUUAGGGACUGAGUGGUCAGGGAAGGACCCCAGGGACUCUUGGGCGAUGAUCAGCAGAGGUCCAAAGGGUGAAUAUUUUGUGGUAGAAGUAGGUGUAGGUGGCCGCAAGGUUGGCGCCUUCGCAGACAUAGGCUCUACACAAAAUUUCAUCAGUCGUGCUUGUGUGGAUAGACUGCGAUUAGGGGACCAAGUGCAGCGGCUUAGCAGAACUGUAGCUCCUAUGCUAGCCAACAAGCACCAAAUGGUUGUCAAAGACUAUGUCAAGGACGUAGCCUGCACCUUCUCCUAUGGAGGAGGGGAAGUGAUCCACAAGAUCUCCUUCCUGGUUAGCGACGAACUGCCAUUCGAUAUGUUACUGGGCAUGUACUACCUUGAAGUCUCGCAACCUCAGUUUGACUGGGAUAGAAAGGUGUUGAUCCACAAGUUUCCCAAUGGUAGAACUGUUAUAUUGCAGAAGUAUGGUCUGUACGAGUUUGUGGUGAUGCCUUUUGGCCUAUGCAAUGCGCCUGGUACAUUUCAGCACGCGAUGAACCGGAUAUUUCAUGAGUACUUGGACAAGUUUAUCGUCGUGUACCUCGACGAUAUUCUUAUCUUUAGUAGGACUGUAGAGGAUCACGCUGAGCACUUGAAAACAGUGCUAGGUCUCCUAAGACAGCACCAGUACAAGGUAAAUUUGGAUAAAUGCGAGUUUGGUCGCACCAAGAUCUUGUACUUGGGUCAUGAAAUUUCAGCAGAUGGAUUGAGGCCGGAAGAUGCGAAGGUGGCCAGCAUACGUGACUGGCCCAGACCUCAGACUGUUACUGAGGUCAGAUCGUUUUUGGGGAUGACGGGCUAUUAUCAUCCGUUUGUAAAGAACUAUAGUACUAUAGCUUCCCUGUUAACAGAUCUAACUCGACUUGACACCCCUUGGGAGUGGACUGAAGAGUGUGAAGCAAGCUUCAAGAAAUUGAAGUAUGCACUAACACACUAUGAAGUUCUCAAACUUCCUAAUCCUGACAAGCCGUUUGUUAUGACCACAGACGCCAGCCAAUAUGGCAUAGGCGCGGUCCUUGCGGAACAGGAGGGGCCAAAGUUGAGACCGAUCGAGUACAUGAGUAAAAAGAUGCCUUCUCAAAAGUUAGCUAAAUCCACUUAUGAGAAGGAGCUCUACGCCCUGUACAGAACGCUAGUUCAUUGGAGACACUACCUCCUAGGAAGAUUCUUCUAUGUGAGGUCUGACCAUGAGACUUUGCGCUGGAUUAAGACACAGCCUGUGUUGUCGGACGCACUCAAGAGAUGGAUUCAAGUGAUAGACGUGUAUGACUAUCAACUUGACCCUAUCAAGGGUACAUACAACAAGGUGGCUGAUGCACUAUCAAGAAGGGCAGAUUAUCUGGGCGCGCUAGUCACUGAGUUUGGCAUAUCUGAAGAACUCACUCGAUCGCUGGUGGAAGCCUAUCAGGGAGAUCCAGUUAUGUCAGAGAUCAUCCGUAGAUUCCAAGCAAAGGACAAAAAGACUUUGGACGAAUUUACGAUGGUAGAUGGCUUGCUGUUUCUCGAGAAGGCAGGGAAUAAAAGAUGUUUCCCCCCCAUGGAGGUGGUGGAUGAUACCAAGCUCCGAAGAGCAACUGUUAGGAGGCGUGAGGUGGGAGGUGUUUCAACUCUUCAUGAUCGCUUCGUCCUCAUUUCAGGAGGCGCUAGUCAAGCAGAGGGAUCAUCAAUGGUCCUUCCCUGUUGUUUCAAUCUUGGCUUCAAGAGCAAGCGGAAAUCAAGCAAGCUCACUUACAGGUCGCCUUGGCGCAAGGAUUUCCCGGCCGUUUUUUUUUAUGAUGCGAAGCGUCUGCUCUUCAAGCCCAUGCGAACAUCUGAGGAGCUGCUGUCACGAGGGGAAUGCGGAUGGGCUGCACGGGAUAGCAAUAUGGUUGAUGACUGCAUCACAAAAGUCUGCAAGGGGAGAGUAGGGGGAACAGAGAGGACACCAGGCACACAUGCUCGGAGAGGGAAAAGAAAGGACACAGUUCAAUAUUGUUCUGCAGGUCAGCAUCUGUGCAUUCGUGGGUGGGUGAUGCAUGUGGAGUCGGAAGUCAACGUGUACUGCUUCCCUUCAGUCACCUGGAAAUUGCCAACACAAUCAUUUCACGAGACUCGUUCACCCACUGUGCAGCCUUUUGUACUAGUUGCUUCACGACUGUCACCUCGUCCCUUAGAGGUGUAGAUGGCCAUUAUUAGGUUUUUGAUAACUUGUAAAAGGAUACCAGUUUUCUAUAAUAAACAAUAGUGCAUAGC